AUGUUAAACCGCUCAAUAACAUCACUCGCAAAUGUGCAAAUCCGUUCGGUGUCUUCGAAAUACCCGAGGCCGACUCCAAGACACUUCAAACGACGUUGGUUCGAAGCAGCACUGCAGCCAGAAUUACCACCAACAGUCAGCAUGUGUAUUGCUCCCGGACUUGUGAAGCGAGAGCACACUGAAAAAUCGAAAGAAUACUCUGAUGUGGAAUUAGCUCUGUCGAAUCUUGUACGUGAUUGGAUGGUGAGAGAAGAGUUCCGUGUGAUGGCUGUCUGCCAGUUUUUGCCAGUUCCCGGAAGGACGCUCUGGUUUGCGAAGAACCAACUGAGAUCGAAAAAUAUCGAAUUUAGAAGCUAUGGAAAUAAGAUUUUGAAGAAAGUCUUCGAAAAGACCCCAAUGUCUUCUCUCAAUAAUGUACUCGUUGGAUCCAAUGCUCUUCUUCUCUCCAAAGACAUCUCUGCUAUCAAAAGUAUUCUUCAAGAAACUGACAAGCUCAACUGGAUCGAACCACUUGUAAUGAUGGCUGAUGGAAGAAUAGUGGAUAUGGUUCAAGCUCGUGAUCUCUCGAAACUCUCCUCACUUGAAGAUCUUCGAGCACACACUGUGCAAAUUCUGGGACAGCAAGUUGCUCAAAUCACUAUUUCUCUUGAUACGGCCACUCGUCAUCUUCCAUCUCUUCUUGAUGCGUAUGCUUCUAGCAAACAGGAGAACAAUUAA